AAUCAUGGACUCCCAGAGAAAUGAGGAUAACAGACAAACUGUCAUCGACUACCCCGAGUAUGAUCAGUAUCCUGAUGAUGAGUACGAGCAUCGGUUCUCACUUCAUUCAGGAGCUGAUAUAAGGCUGACUAAUAACCAGAUGAUGCCUGAUAGCGCGGACCACGCUAAUCGUGAGGUCAUCCAAGAAGACAUUGGGAAUUAUUACGGUAGAGGAACUGAUAUGCGUCAAAACCAAGUUCCCCCACUAAACUUCAACAAUAACUUCGUCCAAGACUAUAAUUUAUCAAAUGAGCAAGCUUAUCAGAUCCUACCCAAAGGAAAGCAGAACAGUACCUCCUCUGUAGGUGGCAAAACUCUGAAAGAUCGAAUGGAUGCACUAGACGAGAUACACCCAAUUCAUACAGAAAUAGACGAAGCCUCUGAAAAUGUAGAAGCUGAUGAACGAGAAGGCAACGGAGAUUUCAUCCAAAGGCAAAUCUCCCUCGAGAAGGACGCAUACAGUGAAUUCAACGAGAAUACCUCCCAAGCGAAUUAUUACAACCAGCUUGAGAUUGAGAGACGGAUGGACAGAAUGGGAGUCAACCCACAAAUGAAUGAAUUUACAGGUCCUUCUCAAGAUUUUUCAAGCAACAUAAAUCCAAUGCAGACACCGUCCCGAAGAAUAGACGAGAGUUUUCAAAAUAUGAAUGAAUACCAGAGCCAAGCUCCUGGCCCUCUAAUGAGUGAGGACCAAAAUACAGCCCAGAACGACCAAAUGAUUAUGCAAUACGAAUCUGUCCUACAAAACGUUAACAGUGAGUUCCAAAAACUUUUGGAGAAGAACAAGCAAUGAGAGGAGGAGCUAUCGAUGACUAAAAUCCAACUAGAAAAGUCUCAGGUUGCUCUGGAGCAAGAACAAGCGAACCUAGCAAGCAGGAUGAACGAGGAAAAGAAGUUAGAGAUGGUCAAGUUAGAGAAAAAUGAAAUCGAGAAUGAGAAUAAGAGUCUCAGAAUGCAGAUCGGCCAGAAAGAUGACGAGAUUGAACGCCUCCAGAAUCGUAUAAUUCAACUCGAGCACGAAGCAAGUCAAGUACCUGCUUUGAGAGCUCAGCUGGACGAUCUUGAGAGUCGUAAUCAUCAGAAGGAAACAACUACAAGAGAGAAAGAAGAGAGUAUUUUGAAGACAGAGAGCGAGCUCAGAAAUAUGGAAAGAGUUGAAGGGGUCCUUAAAGCUGAAAUUGAAGAACUUCUUGAGAAGAGAAAGGGACUUGAGGAAAUAAACCAAACUCUCAAAAAUCAAAUCUGCGAAUGUAAUAUCGCUCUCAGACAAAUGGCAUCACAACUGGAUUCUAGCAAGCGAGAGAAUAUGGCCCUUACAAAUAACGUUGAGAUCUUUAAAAGAAGUGAAGAGCAGCUCAGAGAAGAAAAUUCUAGUUUGAAGGAAUUAGUUAACAACAUUGAAAUAGAGAGAAUUCAUUUUAGAGCUAGUUGUGAAUUAUUACAAAGAGACUUAAGCUUUGCCAAGAAAGAAAUAGCUUCAUAUAUUGCUAGUGAGAAUAGAGUGAUGAAUAUUGGGUUGCCAAUGGGUAAUCUCCAUAAUUAUCCAAGUCAAAUACCAAAAAUUAACCCUGAUUCCAAUGGUCCUCCUAAUAACUUCCAAGGACCGAUUCCAAAUCCUCAAGUUAAUGCAACACCUCUAUCACAUUCUGGCCCUCAAAAUGUAGGACCAAAUUCUCAAGAAACGUUUAAGCCUCCUCAAAGUGCUUUUCCCUCUCAAGAAGAUAUGGCGAAAAGAUUUGGAGAUAUGAGUCUAGAAGAGUUCAAGAAAGCAACAAUUCCUGCCAACAAUAUGCCUAAUACGAUGGGAAAUCAGCCUCCUGCUGGAUCUUCAUCUAAGCCAAAGCUACCACAGCAUUUAGCUUCAAGCAUCACAUUCGAUGAUAAUGACGGAUCUGAGCAAUACUACAGAAAGAACCAGACUACAGAUCCUACUCAAGCACCCCAAAACAACCCUCCUGCUGACUCAAAAGUUGCAGGGAUUCCAUCUGUCCCUAACCUCCCUACUGCAGGAAUUCCCACACCCAAAGACCCUCAACCAGGGCCUUCCCUACCCCAGUUCACUCAAGGCUCCCAAAACUCCCAGCCCAGAUUUCUAAAUCCACCAGUACAGCAUAACCCUCCAGGCCCAGCUCCAGGCCCUCACUCUACUCCCCAAGCUCCAUCUCAAAAUCCUUCAGCGCCCAGUUCCUUCCAGAUACCUCAAGGGCCUGCACCAGAGAUGAACAGCGAUCAAAAAUUUCAAAAAAUCCACACGCUUGAAAACUCACUGCUCUCUUUUCAGAUGGACAAGGACAGGCUGGUUGCGGAACUUGGCAAAAUCCCUGAAGCUCAUAGUAAGAGUCACCACCAGCAGCAGAGGAAGGCUGAACUUGAGCGAGAGAUUUUUAUAGCAGACAAGAAUAUUAAUACAGUUAAGCUGAAAUUGAGAGAUUUGAAGAAAUAAGGCAGCUGUACCCCUCUAGGAUAAUUUCUGAGCGUUUGGAAUCAGAUUUUACCCCUAGGGAUUGGAGUUUGAGAGGUUUUGAAUUUCAAUAAUUUUUUG